AUGGUAGCGCUAAUGUUAUUACCAGUUUCUGAAGAAGAGCUACCGUUUCCACGUCCACAAUAUACAUCUUUAGCCGCAGCAACAAGUCUCAAUGUUACUCCCUCACAUUUAUCCACAUCAUCUCGAACAGAAAAUGAAUUCAAUGAAAUAGUAUUACCGUAUCCAUUACGUUUAGAAAAAGAUUAUCUUUAUGAAAUUGGAUUAAAUCCAGAUGAAUUCAUCGAUUAUUGUCGAUCGCAACAAAUGAAAUUCAUGUUCGAUAGUCCAAUGGAUAUAAUGAAUCAUUUUAUUCAACAUCGCUUGAAACAAGGAUUAGAUAUAGGUUUAAAUGAUGAAUGUUUAAACCAUUUGAAUAAUGUCCAGGUCAACAAAUCCGAUGCUGGAUCCGAUCGGAUCUUACCGGAUCCGACCAUCUGA